GUUGGGUUUUGGAGGUGUCCCUGCUGAAGUGACAACGUGUUCUCCCAUGUGACACUCCCAGGUGCCUUUGAGGAAAGCUCUCUGGACUUCCUUAUGGGCUGAUGGAGAAGUGGGCUCCCCACACCCUCUCUGUCCCCAGCUGAGAUUAUGGUGGAUUUGGGACAGGGCCCAGGCCUGGGCCUCCUGCUGCUGACCCAGCCCCAGAGGCGUUAGCAAGAGCCCUGCCCCAGAGACCACCCCUCCUACCAGGGGCCUGGAGCUGGCGAGUGACUAUGCGGCUUGGGCUGUGUGUGGUGGCCCUGGUUCUGAGCUGGAUGCAUCUUACUGCUGGCAGCCGGGGGAUCAAGGGGAAGAGACAGAGGCGGAUCAGUGCUGAGGGGAGCCAGGCCUGUGCCAAAGGUUGUGAGCUCUGCUCUGAGGUCAACGGCUGCCUCAAGUGCUCACCCAAGUUGUUCAUCCUGCUGGAGAGGAACGACAUCCGCCAGGUGGGCGUCUGCUUGCCGUCCUGCCCGCCUGGAUACUUCGAUGCCCGCAACCCCGACAUGAACAAGUGCAUCAAAUGCAAGAUUGAGCACUGUGAGGCCUGCUUCAGUCACAACUUCUGCACCAAGUGUAAGGAGAGCUUGUACCUGCACAAGGGACGCUGCUACCCGGCCUGUCCCGAGGGCUCUGCAGCUGCCAACGGCACCAUGGAGUGCAGUAGUCCUGCGCAAUGUGAAAUGAGCGAGUGGUCCCUGUGGGGGCCGUGCUCCAAGAAGAAGAAGCUCUGUGGUUUCCGGAGGGGCUCUGAGGAGCGGACACGGAGGGUGCUCCAUGCCCCCGGAGGGGACCAUGCCAUCUGCUCCGACACCAAGGAGAUCCGGAGGUGCACAGUGCGGAGGGUGCCCUGUCCUGAGGGGCAGAAGAGGAGGAAGGGAAGCCAGGGCCGGCGGGAGAACGCCAACAGGAACCCAAGCAGAAAGGAAAGCAAGGAUGCGGGCACCGGCUCUCGGAGACGCAAGGGCCAGCAACAGCAGCAGCAGCAAGGGACAGUGGGGCCACUCACAUCUGCGGGGCCCACCUAG